GCGUUCGAAUCGGGCCAGUGAUUCAGUCCGGUUCGCGAACCCAAUACAGGCGAACGCGAUCGCAGCUCAAAUUUAAAAUACGAAACGUAAAUAAAAAACACAACAUUGUCUAUUAUCUAAUUAAAAGUUUUUCACAUAAAAUCUAAGUUAUCUGUGGUGCAAAAUGAAAGUGUUCGUUGGAUUGUUUUUAUUGGCAAGCUUGUCACCAUGUUUAGCAAGAUCACCAGCGUUGAUUCUCACUGAAUUAGUGAAAAAAAAUUUAGCAGAACAAGCAAGAAACCUUUCUUUAGUGGAUCCAAAAUUAUUUUAUAAUAGAACAAGUUAUUCCGGAUUCUUCACUGUCGACGAAAAGUACAACUCGAAUCUAUUCUUUUGGUACUUUCCCGCGGAAAAUUAUAAACCGGACUCGCCAUGGAUAUUGUGGUUACAAGGAGGUCCAGGAGCUUCGAGUCUUGCUGGACUCUUUGACGAGAUAGGACCUUUUGAAAUUAAGGAUAAGGAAUUGAAAUUACGCAAAUCGACGUGGGGGAGAGAUUACUCUUUACUCUUCAUCGACAACCCUAUAGGAGCUGGUUUUAGUUUCACAGACCAUCCUGACGGGUUCGUACAAGAUAUGGAGACGUGUUCAAGCCAUUUAUACAACGCGUUGAGACAGUUCCGGCAUGUGUUUCCCGAGGUCGCCAAGGCUCCGCUCUACAUCGCUGGGGAAUCGUACGCUGGCCGCUACCUCCCUGCUCUCGGCGUAAAGAUACUUGAACAAGACCGCAACAUUGGACUCCUGGACGUUAAUCUACAGGGUAUUAUAAUGGGUAACCCAGUGCUGAGUCGCGACAGCAUAGCAGACUAUAGCUCUAUCUUCUACCAGUGGGGUUUGAUAGACAGCCAAGGAUUAUUGGCAGUUAAGCCACUGCAAGAUGCAUACAAUAAAGCUGUAGUCAGCGGUGAUGCUCAAAGGGCUACUGAUCUCCGCGAAGAACUUCUGAACAAGCUGGAUGACAUAGCCAUGCAGCAGCAAACCUUCAACAUUCUCUUGGACAGCAUCAACCAUUUGGAUGACUUUGUGGACUUCAUUCGGAAACCUGAAGUGAGUGAGGCUAUACACGUCGGCACCAUACGGUUCGCCUUCCACAAUGGAACCACCCACAAGAGGCUCACUCCUGACUUCUUAAGUGAAGUCAGGUCGAAGGUGGAGAUGCUGCUUAAUCAUUACAGGAUACUUAUUUAUUGUGGUCAAAUGGACUUGACAGCUCCUUGUGUCCCCAACGCAAAAGCACGGAGGAAGCACUGGCACUGGAACAAACGCAAUGAGUUCCUCAACGCGUCGCGCACUCCUUGGUGGUUCGAUGAAAGAGUUGCUGGCUACGUCAAAACCGGGGGCAGCCUCACCGAAGUAUUAGUGCGUGGAGCUGGUCACUUAGUCCCCAUGGACAAGCCAGCAGAAACUGCACAACUGAUCUCUUACUUCAUCAGAGGUUUAGACAUGCCACUACCUCCAAACUAUCAUGUUGUACCUCAAGAUACGGCUGCUUACAUCGACGAUGACCUUGAAGGCAUUUCAAAGACCAUUCUACAAAUUCCUGGAGACCCACCGACCGGUACUCAAGCUGUGAUGGUAGUCAGUUUAGUCCUUAAUGUCCUGUUAAUCCUAGCUAUAGUCUGUGGAGUAGUUUAUGGGUUAAGAUGGAAGAGACGAUCGGACAUGUAUAAUUACAAGACGGUUGACGAGACCAGUAUUACUACUUCUACUAUGUUUUAAGCAGGUUGUGAACAGUUUAAACCAGGAAUAAUCAAAUGGUUGUGCGUCGUUUUUGAAUGUUCGUGAAUACUCGGUUCUUUAGUUUGACAUUAUCAUCUCGUGUGCUGAAGGCUGUUUGGAAAUGCAACCUUAAGUGGUUCAGGCAACCUUAAUUGUGUUCAUAUUUUGUUUUGGGAACGGAAUUGAGUUAUUUAUGGUCAGAUCUCAGCAUUUAUUGGAUCUCCUGAAUUAUAAUGAGAUAUUUUUUUUAUUUUAUUAUACAGUACCUAAUACAGAGUACACAAAAACAAAAUACUUACUAAAUAUAUAAAUCUUGGAUUAAAAAACGCAAGUCUGAGAUUUUUUAAAAUGUCAAAGUAUUCGUAUUUAUUUUACAUGAACAACAAAUUUGUAAUACAGGAUGUAAUAAUGUUAUAGCAGUUACUGCACGAGGUCCUAUGCAAGUGUUGAUAAGUUAAGACCUAUAAGUUAUUUUUUACGUAUUUUAGUACAUACACGUGGCUCUGUUGCAGUUUAUCGGAUGUUUAUUUAAGUAUUUUUAUCGAAAACGACGAGAAAAUGUAUACAUUAGAUACUCAACCCAGAACGUUGCUACUGGUGGGACAUAGUUAAUAUAGGUAUAACUAGUCGAAAAUCUGAGCCAAUACAAGGACUAGCUGUAUCCACAGUGCCUUUUAGUUGUAAAACAAACUGUUGUAAAUAUCACAUGGUUUAUUUUAUAUAAUAGAGAUAGAAAAUAAAGAUAUUUUGUACAUAUAUAAA